GACCAAAUGUCGACUGUAGAAACGAAACGAAAGCCAUCCAAAAGCCCAAAUAAGCUACAUUAACUCAAUUUACUUUUUUUUUUUACUUAAUUCCUUUUAUUUGAUUGAUUUUUCCCAUUUCUUUCACUUAUUUCUUUUUGCUUAGUUUCUUGUCUUCCUUUUGAGUUCGGCUUUUUUUGGCGAGAGGGUGAGAACCAAGAUCGUGGGGGCCGAGAUCACCGUCAAAGGGCGGGGUUGUUUCCGCGAGCCUGGAUUUCUGUAACCCGAUAGAGACCUGAUGGGGGGUGGACCUGCAAGCUGACUGCUUUAAAUACCUAGUAAUUGAGGCACAAUAUAUCGCUGGAUUCCAUUUUACUCCCCUGGUACCGAUAAUAAGGUACAUACCUAACUCUAAGGUCGAUAUUCGCCGAUGCGCAGGUUCUGGUCCAUGAUGCAGUCUGCUUUACCAACUUCGAGGUUCGCCCCUCUUAAGCAGCAUUCUGCCCCUGGCCCGUCCCAAAUGCGGAAAUUGGAGGGAAUCGUCUUUGACGUUGACGGUACAUUAUGUGAGCCCCAAACCUACAUGUUUUCCGAGAUGCGCAACGCCCUGGGCAUCGCCAAAUCCCAAGACAUCCUCGAGCACGUCUACAGCCUCCCCUCCCCGGAUCAACAGCACCGCGCAAUGGAGCUCAUCCGCGACAUCGAGCGGCGCGCCAUGCUGCAGCAGGUCGCACAGCCGGGGCUGACGGAACUGAUGGCCUACCUCGACGAGCGGGGCGUCCGCAAGGGGAUCUGCACGCGCAACUUCGACACGCCCGUGAACAACCUGCUGAACAAGUUCCUCGCGGGCAGCGUCUUCGCGCCCAUCGUGACGCGGGAGUUCCGGCCGCCCAAGCCCGACCCGGCCGGGAUCCUCCACAUCGCACGGAGCUGGGGCCUGUUGCGCAGCAGCACGGGGGAAGCCGGGGUGCCUGCGAACGCCGAAGAGGAGGAAGAGCGCCGGUCGGCGGAGGAGAGCAGCCGUCAGGAGGGAGAGACCGACGGCGUGGACUUGUUGCAGACGCGGGUCGGGGAGGCGGUUGCGGAUGCGAGCGGGUUGAUCAUGGUAGGCGACAGCAUUGACGACAUGACGGCGGGCCGCAGGGCCGGGGCCACGACCGUUUUACUAGUGAACGACGUCAACCGCCAUCUGGCGGACCAUGAGCAUACGGAUUUGGUGAUAUCGCGAUUGGACGAGUUGAUCGACGUCCUCGAACAUGGAUCGCUCUGACGAAGCGGAAGCUGCGAGCAACGCAUGCGUACUUAUGUAUCACAACCAGAGCCUUGGUCCAAAUUCGUCUAGCGUAACUAGAAUAUAUGGCGUAAGAUGGCUACAAA